UUGUCGGGGCAAAUCUGCCCGCGUUGCAACACGAUUUGCAUAAACCCCAGGUGUUUGCAGCAGGGACCUGCCUCUGCAUCUGCCGGGGUUAUUCCACAGGCAGCGGCGGCGGGGCUGGACGGGGCCCAGAGGCGGCCGCCAAGCCGCGGCCCCCGCGGCGCUCGCCCAGCGAGGCAGGCCCGGCGGGCCCCGAGGCGAGGCCGCAGCCCGAGCAGCGCCGCCUCCCCGCCCCAGGGCCGCGGCCGGGCGGGGCGCGGGGCGGACCGGGAAGCGGCCGCCGCACCGCCCCCGCCCGCGCUGCCCUUCCGCGUUGGCGCGGCCGCGGCCCGGGCCCCGGUAUAAAGCGGCGGCCGCCGCCCGGCCCGCACCGGCCCCAUGGAGGCGCAGCGGCGGCCCGUCGGCGGCGGGCCGGUCCGGGGCGCGACCGGAGGCCGGGAGUCCCCCGCGGGGAGCCAUGAGGGCGGGCAGCGGCGGCCCGGGCUGGCCUGAGGCGCUCCCGGCCGCCAGGCUGCCGGCGUCCCGGCUCGGCGGGAGGAUGAGCGGCAGAGAGCCCUGCGAGGGCCGCGGGCUGGGCCCGGGCCUGCCCGGCGCGGAGCCGGCCGAGGAGGCGGGCAGCCCCGGGCGGGAGCCCUGCGACAGCGCCGAGAUGCAGCUGAAGGUGGACUUCUUCCGCAAGCUGGGCUACUCCUCGGAGGAGAUCCACGUCGUGCUGCAGAAGCUGGGCCUGGGCGCCGACACCAACACCGUGCUGGGGGAGCUGGUGAAGCACGGCCCGGCCGAGCGGGACAGCGGCGAGGCCCCGCCGGAGGCCAAGGAGGCCCCGCUGGUCCCGCGGGGGGGGGCGGCCAACAAGGCCCCGGCGCCCGCCCCGGAGGAGACGGAGAGCGAGAACCUGAAGCCCAUCGUCAUCGAUGGCAGCAACGUGGCCAUGAGCCAUGGAAAUAAAGAAGUGUUCUCCUGCCGAGGUAUCCUUCUGGCUGUCCAGUGGUUUUGGGACAGGGGACACAAGGAUAUUACAGUCUUCGUGCCAUCUUGGAGGAAGGAGCAGCCACGACCAGAUGUGCUUAUAACAGACCAGUACAUUCUCCGUGACCUUGAGAAGAAGAAAAUUCUGGUCUUCACCCCUUCCAGGCGGGUUGGAGGCAAGCGUGUUGUCUGUUACGAUGAUCGAUUCAUUGUGAAACUGGCACAUGAGUCUGAUGGCAUUGUGGUUUCUAAUGAUACUUAUCGGGACCUGCAGAACGAGCGUCCUGAGUGGAAGAAAUUUAUUGAGGAGCGUCUGCUGAUGUAUUCCUUUGUUAAUGACAAGUUUAUGCCUCCAGAUGAUCCCUUAGGGCGACAUGGCCCCAGCCUGGAUAACUUUCUGAGAAAGAAACCUGUGGUGCCAGAACACAAGAAACAGCAGUGUCCUUAUGGGAAGAAAUGCACUUAUGGAAUUAAGUGUAAAUUCUACCACCCUGAAAGGAUCAAUCAGCCCCAGCGCUCAUUAGCUGAUGAACUCCGAGCCAAUGCAAGGUUGUCUCCUACCAGAAGUACUGCUGCCAAGGAGGAGAAAAAAGGCAAAAGAGGUUCCCAGGCAGAGGUCUUGUGCUCCGUGCCCACAGAGAGUGAUAAAAGCUCUUUGCAGAAGGUCUCUGCAGAGAGGAAAAGCUUGACCCACAAAGCAAAACCCAGUGAUGUUCCGCUUCAGGUCAAAGGCUGUGUCUCAGGCAGCGUCCCUCCCAACAGUGGGAACCACAGGUCCUCCGACAGGUACCAGCAGCCUCAUAUGGACUCUCUCUCUUACAUCUCUCAGGAGCAUCUUGACUCAGGCAUUGGGUCUCUGGAGAACCAACUGUCUGACAUGUGGCCUUACAGAUCUAGCAGUCACUGUGAUCAUUCCCCUGCUGAUCAGAUGGCAGUCUGCAACUGCGGUAGGCAGAGGCCUGUCUACCCACAUUCUCCCGGCUUAGAGCAAAAUGGUCUGGUCUCUUACAAGCAUGGUUCCCAUAAAUCUUCCUCUGGUGCUAGCUUCUUGCAGUAUAGCCCUGAGAGAUCUCACUCAGGACCCCCUCACUCUUUCUCAGGCUACGGAGUACCAGUACACCCAGCUAAUGCUGGCCAAUACAGUCUGCCCAAUGAAUACGCUGCUCCUCCACCCCAUUCUCGCGAGUUCUGGUCUGAACCAUACCAGAUGCCACCGCCUCAAGUGAGAUCUACCAGCGUGCGAGAUCCUCGUUCGGUACAGAGAGCCCCAGGGCCAGCGUAUGGGGACUCCUGCCAGUGGGCUGUCUCUGACCAGUUCGCAGAGGAGCGAGCCAAUGUGCAUGUCAAGCUGUGUGGCAUAUUCCAUCCCCAUUUAGUUGAUGCUGUGAUGAGCCGUUUCCCUCGACUUCUGGAUCCCCAGAGGCUAGCUGCAGAGAUACUAACGUACAAGUCUCAGAACCCCGGUAUAUGAGGGAUGCUGAGGGCAGCCAGGCACGUGGAGAGCUCGAGGGGCAGUGUUUGCGCUCUGUAGCUGCCAUAGAUGCCUUCUGAGGGCUCCUCCUUGUUUCUUGGAAGUACCGGGCUCCAGUUGGAGGCUGGAUUCCAAAUGUGGUACGCUCACAGCAAAUUCCGGUCUAGGCAUGACAGUGUGCCCCUGUUAGAGAGGUGAGAGCACCCUAGGGUCCCGUCUUACCAGAGGCUGUUGAAGAGGCUCUGGGUGCUGAACAGGAGGAGGGGCCGUAGCUUCAGAGCAGGAUUUUUCCUUUGGGUUUGUGUGGCGAGUCGGGCACACCCCAAAUUCCUGCAGUUGUUCAGGGCCAAAUGUGACCUUAUUCCUCCUGUUAGCUUCAGGUUUGAGAUGGCUUGGUGUGUUAUCAGGUGUGUGGAGGGAGGAUUCGGGGGAGGGG